GUUGUUUUGCAUGAAUUGAUAACAGGAACAUUCAUAACUUCGUGUUGCAGAAUUCACCGCAAUAAUUACGAUAAUCCGUUUAAUUCCACGUAAUUGAAGUAUUUAAUGUUUUAAUAAUUCAAUUAAUGGUAUAAAACACGUGUUUGUAAGUCGCCGAAUUCCAAAAUGAAGAACAGAUUCAACACGUACGAUCUAAUCUGCUCCGUCGUUGAGCUCCAAAGAUUGAUCGGUAUGCGUGUGAAUCAAGUCUACGACAUAGACAACAAAACGUACCUGAUUAGAUUACAACAAGGUGAAAAUAAAGCUGUGCUUUUGAUGGAAGCUGGUACUCGAAUUCAUACUACGUCGUUCGAAUGGCCGAAGAAUAUGGCUCCUUCGGGUUUCAGUAUGAAAUUGAGGAAACAUAUUCGUAACAAGAGAUUGGAGAAGUUGGUUCAGCUCGGUAUAGAUCGUAUCGUUGAUUUACAAUUUGGUUCUGGUGAAGCGGCGUAUCAUGUUAUUUUAGAAUUAUACGACAGAGGAAACAUUAUUUUUACCGAUCACGAACACAUUAUUUUGAAUAUAUUGAGACCUCAUACAGAAGGAGAAGAUGUCAAGUUCAUGGUACGUGAGCAAUAUCCUUCUGAUAGAGGUAAAACUCGCCCACUACCUCCUUCGGAAGAUCAGCUAAAAGAAAUUAUUGCCGGAGCUAAACCCGACGAUACGUUGAAGAAAUUACUGAAUCCGCAUUUGAUCUAUGGUCCUGCUGUUAUCGAACAUAUGUUGCUAAAAGUUGGUCUACCACCUUCUACCAAAGUGAAGAGUUUCAACGUGGAGGAUAUUUCUAAAAUCAUCGAAGCUUUCGGUAUAGCUGAGGCGAUCAUCGAUGCGGCGUUUACUCCUGAUCAUAAAGGGUACAUCAUUCAGAAGAAAGAAAAAGGAAUCAAGGAUGGUCAAGAUUUCUUCAGUAAUCAAGAAUUUCAUCCGAUGAUAUUCGAGCAAAGUAAAAAUGCCCCUUACAUCGAGUACGAUUCGUUCGAUAAAUCGGUCGAUGAAUUUUUCUCCAACAUGGAGAGUCAAAAAAUCGAUAUGAAAGGAGUUCAACAAGAAAUGUCAGCAUUGAAAAAACUGGAUAAUGUUCGUAAAGAUCACGAAAAAAGAAUAAUGCAGUUGGAAAAAUCCCAAGUUGAAGAUACGAAGAAAGCAGAGCUAAUCACACGUAAUCAGGAACUAGUCGACGAUGCUAUUUUAGCCAUUAGAAAGGCUAUAGCUAAUCAGAUGCCUUGGUCUGAUAUUAAAAAUCUCGUCAAGGAAGCUACCAAUUGCGGUGAUUCGGUGGCAUGUGUGAUUAAAGAAUUGAAAUUGCAUAUUAACAAUAUUACUUUGUUAUUAACCGAUCCUUACGAGGAAUACGAUGAAACCGGUGAAGUUCUGUUCAAACCAUCGUUGGUUGAUAUCGAUUUAGAUUUGUCAGCUCACGCUAAUGCUAAAAGGUAUUAUGAAAAACGUCGUCAAGCUGCUACUAAACAAAAGAAAACAAUCGAAUCGCAAGACAAAGCGUUCAAAUCGGCCGAGAAGAAAACCAAAAUGACGUUAAAAGAGGUCAAAACCAGCGUCAGCAUUAGUAAAGCUCGUAAAGUAUACUGGUUCGAAAAAUUCUUCUGGUUUAUCUCGUCAGAAAAUUAUCUAGUAAUCGGCGGCCGAGACCAACAACAAAACGAGUUAAUCGUCAAGAGAUACCUGAAGAAAAACGACAUCUACGUACACGCAGGUAUCGUCGGUGCCAGUAGUAUCGUUAUCAAGAACCCUAAAUCCGAUCCAGUGCCUCCUAAAACGCUCAUCGAAGCUGGUACCAUGGCUAUGUGCUACAGUACAGCUUGGGAAGCUAAAGUGGUCACCAGUGCAUGGUGGGUGUACGCGAAUCAAGUCUCGAAAACUGCUCCAACCGGAGAAUACCUUGCUACGGGUAGUUUCAUGAUACGUGGCAAGAAGAAUUUCCUUCCUCAGUGUCAUCUUAUUAUGGGAUUCACGUUUAUGUUCAAAUUAGACGAUGGGUCGUUAGAAAGGCAUUUGAAUGAACGUAAGAAGAGGGAGAUAGACGAUGGUCAGAAUGAAGCAAACGAUGUGCAGAACGAGCCCUUGGAAGAGAUCGAACUCGAGGGAGAAUCCAGCGAUGAAGAAGAUAACGCGACUGCAGAAGGAAAUACCGAAUCGACUUCGAAUGAAGAUUCUGCUUCAGCUUAUCCAGAUACCGAAGUAGUUGUAGUUCCUCAAUCCGAUAAUAAUCAAUACAGUAUCGAAGUGAAGGUUCCAACGUUGGAAAAACCUGUUAAAAAAGAAGAAAGAAAAUCGGUCAGCAGCGAACACGACGAAGAUUACGUUAUUUAUCUAGGCGACGAUAAACCGAUCGUUAUUAAACCAAAAGAAGCGAAGAAAAACGAUAAGAAAGUCUCGUUUAGCAGACAGAUUAGCGAAAAAGAAGAAACUAAAGAUACCGUAAAAGUCGAACAAAAAGAAAGUAAACCGAAAAGAGGUCAGAAAAGCAAGUUGAAAAAAAUCAAAGAAAAAUACAAAGAUCAAGACGAAGAAGAACGUGAAAUGAGAAUGAAAAUUCUCCAAGGAUCAUCCGAUAAAAAAGAAGAUAAAAAGAAGAAGAAAAACAAGAAAUCAACCCCGGUAGUCGUUAGCAAAAAAGAACCCCAGCCGAAAAAAGCACCCGCACCUGUGCAGCUUCUAUCAGCAGCCGACGAAGAGGUACAAAAAGCAUACGCGACCGAAAACGAAGAAGAUGACGAAGACAAAGAAGUCAACGAGUUGACUACAGCUAACGAUAUCGAUAUGUUGGAUUCGUUGACAGGGCAACCAGUCGCCGAAGACGAACUUCUAUUCGCAGUUCCUGUGAUCGCUCCUUAUAACGCUAUUGUUAAUUAUAAGUAUAAAGUAAAAUUAACCCCAGGUACGGGUAAACGAGGUAAAACUGCGAAGACUGCUUUGAACGUCUUCCUGAAAGAUCGAGCAGCUUCAACUCGAGAAAAAGAUUUACUCAAGUUCGUCAAAGAUCAAGAUUUAGCUAGAAACUUCCCCGGUAAAGUUAAACUUUCCGCGCCUCAACUUACCAAGCAUAAGUAAAGUACGAGUAAUGGUCUUGAUUGUGAUAUUGAGUGUUUCCUUGUGUUUCCCUUAUUCUUUGAUUUAGUGCGUUUUUUUUUUUUUUUUUAACACUUAUUUGUUCGUUUUACUUUGUUUAAGCUGUGAAAAUAUUACGUAAUAAGCAGCGAGAUAAUUUUCUGCGCUGGAAACUACAACAUUUUACUAGUAAUACAUGUUAUUUUCAAGUUUGAA